CACUCAUUCAUGAAUAUCACAGCUAGCUCACAUGACUAAACCAUAAACUGAUGAAAUUUCUUCUUGGCUCAGAAAAAGACGUAGACAGAGACGAAGUCUAAAGUAGAAAAAUCAUGGCAAGGACUACUGUUUCCAAGCUUUUUAUCUCACUAGCUAUCCUUGGAAUCCUGGGUUGCAUGAGUGUGGAUUUCACUGGAGAAUGGCAAAUCAACAUCAAGGCUUCACCGUCAGGUGGAUCACGGUUCUAUGUGCUUCACGAUUGGCAGAACACGUACAGCAAUGCUGAGGUAUCCCCCUUCCCAGCAACUGACCUCUCGGACAUUAUGCUCAAGACCAUGGGAAUUCUCAAGGAUGGUAUCAACUGGGCAGGAGUUGUCAUGGGUAACCUAUUCAGCAGACCAAGUGCUACAGCUCUGUUUGUUAUCGAUGGGUUGUCUUCCAAGACAUCAAUAGAAUCUUUGUCGGAGAUGUCAUUUGAUGUAGAUCAGAACGGACUCACCGGGUGCACCUGCGAAGACAUGAAGAGGAUGUUUGAGGGAGACAAUGUGGCCACUCACCUCAGCGGCUUGUUUGAUCACUCUUCACAAACCCACAGUGUCUCGGCCAAUACUCAUGCCGCGGAGGCAGCUGCUGCUCAGGACUCCUUUACAACAGAGAGUCAGUUGGAGGAUUUGGUCCAGGCCGUACAGCAGUCACAUAUCUCCCUGGCUGAUUAUGGUCUAGAGGAAGCGGCAGCAAAACUGGACAUCUCCAAUAAGGUGGAUGCCCACUUUAUUGCUGAGCUGGUGUUAGUCCGUCAAGCAGUUCAACAGCUUGAAGAACUCAAGAGCUAUGUGAGAGACGGUGCUCCUGACGUCUAUGUAUUCACCAUCUCAACUCUCAGGAACGUAGAGUCUCGAUAUGGUGCUGGGUCAAGCAAGGCCAAACUGGCAGCUAAACUAGUGAAAGACACGAUUUUCAAGGCCUCCCAGCAGCUGGUCUCUCUCUACAACCAGAGGAUCCUCGUCCAAGCUCUUGUGCUCGAGUGGGACUACCCAGAGCUUUCUGGAGAUUCUGCUGAACUUAGCGCUGCCUAUGAGGUGCUUCAACCUCAUCUAGAUGGACAGAGCAAAGAGUCUUUCCUGGCUGGACUUCCAAAGGUUUCUAUUGACACAGGCUCAUUUGCUGAUAUGGCACUGUGUUCCAAGCUGACCUCUGCUUUGAGAGAGAGCAGCUAUCUCGCUCAUUGUCCCACCCCCACACCUCUACUAUCCUCACAAAGUCACACCCUUUACAAGUCCCGGAACUUGAGACAGGCUGCCCCCGAGGAGGUGCUAGGCAACGUCACUGUGGCCAGUAAUUCUCUGGUGGAGGGUCGUUCUGACAAUUUUGCGGCCAUUUUCCUCAUCACUCUCUUCAUCAUGGUCAGUAUGGGCCUCGCUCUGUUUGCCACCAGCUGGGCUAUGUGGACCAUGGACCCUGGGAGGGACUCCAUCAUCUAUCGACAAGUGUCCGACCCUACAGGCGAUGGCAUUCAAAUGAAAUAGCAGCGGCUACUCUGGGACUUAAACUGAACUGAACUGAACUGUGUAUAAUUAAGGGUGUGUGUAGCUUGGAAUAUUAAUAUUCUCUUUACAGUAGCUAUGUACAAUUGAAUUGUAGUUUCAUUUACUGAA